AGAAGCAUUACGGUAGCGCAGCAAACUGUCCCCCCGCAACACACACACACUCCACACUCGUGUACACACACACAGCCCUAGUGAUUCAAUCCUGAUUUCCAGCGUACGAGCAAGCAACAGACGGGAUGCCAAAAAGUGAGGACCGGUAGAGAGGUUAUUCGCGCUGAAUAAGCCUCUUGAAGAGAUAGCGGAGGAGGCAGACGCAACAAAACAAGACGAGAAGCUGCGCUCUUUCUCCGCGGCAACUUGCGCACAGUGCCAGAGUUUUAGCGGCAGUAUUGUUCAGACUUCACUCCAGAGGGGCCACUCCGAGGAGAGGGGACGCACACAAAAGGGAAAAGGAAAGGACUAACGAGCACGCUUUGUCGUUUAAAGUAAUGGUCCUGCGGUCUUAGAUCCUAGAUUUCUCUGUCUCUCUCUCUCUCUGUUUCUUUCCAUUUUUUUUUGUUUUUGAAAUUUUUCGUCCCGUCGGUUUGUGUCCCCCUUUGUCGCCGCGAGAGAGUGGACGCGCCGGGGGCUCGAGGAGCAGAAGCGGGCUGUCCACAUGGUCCAACCACUGGCGUGAAAGUUGACUUCUUCAGAAAACAAGAGAACAGUGGCAUCCAGGGAUAUCACAUCACAUUAAUGGAACCUAGAUGACGUUUCAUGUCUCUUCUCUCUCUGGAAGAAGUGGUUUUGGUGUUGGACCUUUGCCUGAUGUGUGUGCCAGUGAUGAUGGUGGAAUCAGCCUCUGAGACCAUUCGAACGACGCCGUCCAACCAGAACGGAGUCAGCAGCCUCAGCAGCCAGUCAGAUGGAGGGGGAGGUAGAGAGGGCGGGUCUAACGGAGACACCAACGGAGAGAUCAGCCCUGUCGAUUUACUACACCUGCAACAGCAACAGGCGCUUCAGGCAGCCAGACAGUUCCUCCUCCAGCAGGCCUCUGGACUCAACUCCCCUGGCAGCAACGAGGUCAAACAGAGCCCUGUGCAGGUGCCUGUGUCCAUGGCUAUGAUGAGUCCACAGAUGAUCACUCCUCAGCAGAUGCAACAGAUUCUGUCUCCCCCUCAGCUCCAGGCCCUGCUGCAGCAACAGCAGGCUCUAAUGCUACAGCAGUUACAGGAAUAUUACAAAAAGCAGCAGGAGCAGUUGCAUCUCCAGCUUCUGACUCAGCAGCAACAGCAGCAGCAGCAGCAGCAACAGCAGCAGCAGCAGCAGCAGCAGCAGCAGCAGCAGCAGGCUGGGAAGCAAGCGGCAAAAGAGCAGUUAGGCAGUAAGCAGUUGGCCUUCCAGCAGCAGCUGAUCCAGAUGCAGCAGCUCCAGCAGCAGCACAUCCUCAACCUCCAGAGACAAGGCCUGGUCCCACUGCAGCCCACCGCCACCAUGCAGUCUCUGCAGCAAGCGAUGUGUCCGUCAGACCUCCAACAGCUGUGGAAGGAGGUGUCGGGGGUGCAGAGCAGUGAGGAUGCCCUGAAACAGGCCGAGGGCCUGGACUUGAGCACCAACAGCUCCAAUUCUACCUCAGCCUUCGCCAAAGCUGCCAGCGCUCACAUCCCACUGCACAGCCUGGUCAACGGACAGAGCCACACCCCAAAGAGAGACAGAGCCAGACUGUUUGAGUGGAUAUCCUCCUUCACCAAGGCAGACAGCGGAGAUGACCACGUUCCCCUUUACUCCAAAGGCAGCCAACCCCCCAGCAGCCAUCAUGAGGAACAUGCCGGCUCCCAUCCUCUCUACGGCCAUGGAGAGUGUAAGUGGCCUGGCUGUGAAGCACUGUGUGAGGACAUGGGACAGUUCAUCAAGCACUUGAACAAUGAGCACGCCCUAGAUGACCGCAGCACUGCUCAGUGCCGAGUCCAGAUGCAGGUGGUUCAACAGCUGGAGAUACAGCUGGCGAAAGAGAGUGAGCGACUCCAGGCUAUGAUGGCCCACCUGCACAUGCGCCCUUCAGAGCCAAAGCCUUUUAACCAACCUCUGAACCUGGCUUCCAGUGGCGCUCUGUUAAAGCGGGACAGCGAGGCCUACCCAGAGGGUCUUCCGCACCCCCCCACCUCAGCUGCCACCCCCAUCACCCCACUGCGCCAGGGACCCUCGGUCAUCAGCUCCUCCAGCCUGCACUCACACUCCCACUCCCACACGCACGGUGUUGGGCCCAUACGUAGGCGCAACUCCGACAAGUACUGCACCCCCAUUGCCUCAGAGCUGGCACAGAACUGUGAGUUCUACAAGAACGCUGAUGUCAGGCCUCCCUUUACCUAUGCCUCUCUUAUACGUCAUGCCAUUCUGGAGUCCCCAGACAGACAGUUGACUCUCAAUGAGAUCUACAACUGGUUUACACGAAAGUUUGCCUAUUUCAGGAGAAACACAGCCACAUGGAAGAAUGCUGUGCGCCACAACCUGAGUCUGCACAAGUGUUUUGUUCGUGUUGAGAACGUGAAGGGGGCUGUGUGGACUGUGGAUGAAGUUGAAUACCAAAAGAGGAGACCACCAAAGAUGACCGGAAGUCCCACUCUGGUAAAAAACAUGAUUUCAGGCCUGGGCUUUGGAUCCCUAAAUGCCAGCUACCAGGCGGCUCUGGCAGAAAGCAGUCUGUCCCUGCUGAACAGCCCUUCCCUGCUGACCCCUCCGUCUGCGGCCAGCCUCAACAUGCUGCAUGUGGGCCACGAUGAUGUCAGCUCCACUGUGGAGCAAGUCAACAGCAACGGGAGCUGCAGCCCCACACUCAGCCCUCAACAGUACAGCCACCCGGUGCAUGUGAAGGAGGAGCCCACUGAGGUGGAGGAGGACAGUCGGCCAGUAUCCCUCCUGGCCGGUGUCACACACAGCUUGCCAUUGCCAAGCGACGAGCGCGACCUGGAGGAGGAUCUCCCCACCGAGGAGCUGGAGUAGGACCGAUCCAAGAUGGACCAGAGGGACGCGACAUAGCGAGAUCAGUCCCUGAGCCCUCUCGUCAGCGUGAAGAGGAAAAGAUCGCUACAGUACACUUAAAAGAAAAGAGAGAAAAAAGAGAAUGUUUUUUUUUGUUUUGUUUUUAAGAAAAUGCAAGCAACCAAGGACGACAUUGAGAAACUCCAAACAGGGUUAGAUGACCUCCGUUACUUUCAGACGCAAAAACAAGACUGUGGAGCACUGCUUUACCUCCAUGUGUUUCUUUUCCAACACAUGGCUCAGAGGUGUAACACCACUCAACACAUACACACUCACACACACACACACACACACACACACACACACACACACACACACACACACAAACACACAAACACACACACUUAUUCACAGAAAACCAUGUUUCAUCCUCCUACCUGGUCAAACCAGCCUCAGUGUAGAGACCCUUAGAGGUUUGGACACACACUCUCCUCCUCGCCUCGCCACUCUGCAUACACCCUCCUCACUGUUGUCUCGGGCUGCCUGGCUAGCCGUUUUUAUCUCUACGUCAAUGGAGAAGACACACAGGUGUGUGUCAGAAAGAGAAAGACACACACAGGAUCAUGUGUAUAUAGAUUUGGGGCAGUCACCAGGGGCUGUGCAGUAUACCUCUCCUUCUUCCUCCUCUUUGAGUCGAUCACUUGCUUUUUCAUUUUCUUUGAUUUGAUUGAAAUGAAACUGUUUGGCUUUAAGAUGGGAAGGAAGGAAAGAUUCAAAGAUUACCUCCAACAGUGCUCCAACACCUCUGCAGAGAAGUGAGCCCACGGCGAGGCUGACCUGACAGAGGUGGCCCUGGUCCCUGUCCAAACUUCUUCCCCCCAGCAAGACACUUAGUGACAGACAUGUUUUAAACUCUUUGCUUCUAAGUGAGAAAAAAAAGAAGAAAUUUUCCUACACCCACCUCUAUCCUUUCCCAUCCUCCCCAUCCCAAAAGACUGCAGGAAUAGGACCAUUUGGUGCUGUCCUUCUCCUCUCCUCCGUACAUGGAUGGAUGGAGGGAGCUUGGAACACUUUGAGAACGAGAAGAAAAGAGGGGAAGCAGAGAGAAAUGAGGGAGGAAGCGUCUACAGAAAUAUUGUGACUAAAAAAGAAAACUGUUGAUGAUUAUGGAAUAUAACAAGAAAAAAAUGUGUGGUAGCUUUUGUCAUUUCCUUUUUUAUUUGAUGUUAUUAUCAUUGUUUAUUUUUGAGGAUCAAUAUUUCCACGGUGGCGUUCUGUUUCGACGUACCUUUUCUAAGGAUGCUGUUUUUGUUUUUGUAUUGUAAUUUGUUUGAUUUACUCUGGCUGUUCACACCAUUCCAAAUGAGUAUUGGCAAAAGAAAAAAAAAAGAAAGCGCAGUAUUGUCCCAACUUGUGAUACCCGAACCCCACUCCUGUCCCUUUCCCUUUCUGCCCCAAGUGUAGCAGGCAAGAAAUUUGGAAAUAGCACUUAAAGUUGCCAUUAUCCAGACUGAUUAUUUAACAGCUGAACCUUGUUUUGUCUUUUUAUUCUCUCUCAUUCACUUGUUUUCGGUUGUGUAUUUAGUUGAGAAAUAUCAGUAAUGCUUUAAAAAUAUAUAUAUUAUUACUGCAGUCAGAGAAUACCUCAUCCCACAAAGGUUCUACCUGGAACUGUGUCCAAAUUGAUAAACAAAUAAGGGGGAAUUCUUUCUGUGGGACACCAAAUGUGGCAACUCUGCUCAGCUUCGAUUCAAAGCUCUAUGGUUGUAAUAGUUACUGUGUAGAAGCUAUCUGCAAUUCACUGUGUGAGUUUGUGUUAAAGAAAUAGCAUGUGAGAUUUAUUUUUUUGUUUGUUUUCCGUGAGCAUAAAAGCAUUACUUUUCUCUACGGUGCCAUACCAAAUUUAACAUUUAUUUUAAUCUAUUAUCUGCUUAUUCCCAACUUAUUUUUGUUACAGGUAACCAAAGAAAUAUGUAGAAAACCAAAAACCCUGUAGUUUAUUUUGCCCUUUUUGAGUUUCUUUUUCUUCUUCUUAGAGAAUUGGCCAAAAGACAACAAACCAGGAGUUAGAAUUUUUGUUAUUGUAUUCAUAUAACUAUUGUGUUGAAAUUAUACAUGAUUUACAGUGCUGACCAUUCCAAAAACCAAAGUGUUUAAAGCAAACCAGAAUUUGAAGACAUCACAGCUUUUACAUGAGAAGCGGUUACAAAUGAUUCACAUUAGGUAUGAGGCCAAAAACUAGUAUUAACAAACCUCGCACAGUUCCUCUGAAAAACAAAAAAAAGACAAAAGCACUUAUAGGUGAAACCCGGUCUCUGCCACGCUCAGGCUGAACUGUGUUCCAAACACAAUCCUAGGACUGGCCCCACUACCGUAUGAGCAGGCCCGAAAAAUUAGGCACUCGUGAGACAUUUGAACACAACAUAUAUUUCAAUUUACAACCGGAGAUUCCAACAAAAAUAAAGGUCAAAUUCAGAAUUAAAAUAUUUGGUUCCGUCAAAUCAACUUGGCUUUAUAUGAUACUUUUCCUGGUGCUGUGGAAAUUAAAAAUGUUCAAUCUAGGAAACAAAUAUACCCUCUUGGUCUGUAUCUAGUAUUUGCAGGAAGAGGAAGUGUACUGUAAUGUGGUAACAAAACUCACAUCUUUGGACAGGGAGGAGUUAUUCCAAAAACAUAUAUAUUACAAUAAAGAGGGAACAACUAAACAUAAUAAGAAUAUAUCAAUGUAAGAGGAAAACAACCAAGGGACAUCAUGUAAUUAAAAGUUGGGUUCAUAUUUUCAUACUUUUUCUCAAACUAUCUCUUGCACUUCAGACAAUUUUUCUUAUUUAAUGAAAGAACCUUUCUGAUGACUUUGUGUUCAAACAGGACUGUUUCCUGUCACAUUAGAGACUGAUUUCUAACAAAGUACAAAGUGGCAGACAGGCAUCUUGAAACAAGAUAAAAACCAAAAAUAACACUACCUCCUUUUCAAAAUAGUUCAACACAUAUAGCCAAUGGGAGACUAAACUCUCUUAAAUAUUUUUUUUCCUCCAUUCUUCCUGGAUGAUAAUAAUGAAUGCCAAAAUUGUUAUUACACUUACUGUAUAACUGACAAAAAAAAUUUAAAAAAGAAGCUAUUUGGCGAUCCUUACUCCCUGACACAUCUGCUUGACCCCAAAACCAGAGAGACGUUUCACUUUCCAUGGAAUUAAAAAUGACUACCUCUCCUUAAACUACAUCUAAAGCACUCUCUACGUCUCAAAGUGUGUUAUGAAGUGCUAACUAUAUAUCAGAGGUUUUCUAUCAGCUGUGUUAAACUGACCAUAUUCCUGCACCUGGUUAGCACUGAGCUAUGUGAACAGCCUCACAACUGUGUGCUUUGACUGUAUGUGUGCAUAUUCAUGAUAUCAGUCAAAAACUGGUCUUUAAUGGCUAUGUGGUGUUGCAGGGAGCUGGUUGUCAGGGGUAAUGAUGAGCAGAUUAUAUCAGUGCCGCACACACACACACGCACACACACACACACACACACACACACACACACACACACAGUUGUAUAACAGAAGCAUAGAAGCAGGGCUAUGGGUUAGUGCAUUGGAGGCUCUGACCAUCCAGAUAUCCAAAGACCCACAAUACAGCGGCAGCCGCUUCACCAAAACACUUGCAGAGACGCUGAGAGGACUAACACUUAAAGAAACUCAUCACUACUACUAGUAAUAUCCAAACCAAGAGGAACUGCUGCAUACAGUACAUAGAUGAUCUCUGACUUGUGCUUUAAGGUACACCUGUAAACAAAGCUGUUUUAUAAAGAUGUAGAUUGUUCACAGGUCGCCAUGUAACACUUCUGUUCUUUCUCCAGCUUGGCAUAACAUGAUGUAUUCUUGUAUAUUAAUGCUUGACUUAUCUCUCCAGGGCAUUCUUUCUCAUUUUGUUCUUUGAUUUUCUCUUCCCUUUUUUUUCUGCACCUGUUUAGCUAUUGUAAAGCUUUCAGCUCUGAUUCCUAUACUGUACUGCUAAUGCUGAAGUAUAUGUAUUUAUCAUAUUAAGUGCUGCAGGUAUCUUGGUUUAUUAGUUUUGUUUUUGUUUUGUUUGUUUCCACUUUUUCAGUUCUUCAUAAAACGUCUGGGACGCUGAUUUUUUAAGUGUAUUAUCUCUAAAAAAAAUUAAAAGAAUAAAAGGUAGAUCAGUGGUUUAGGUAACACCUGUUUGUAUAUUUAUCUUAGCUAGGUCUAUUUUGAUACUUUUUUGUCUCUGUACUGCAUUUAUGCAUUUUUAAGGAAAGAAAAAACAAAUGGAAAACAAACUAAAAAGUUUCUUCAUUAUGUAUUGAUACCUCAGAAGGACUUUUUCUCAAAGACAGGACCAAAACCUCUGAAAAGAAAAAGAGAAAGAGGAAAAAGUGUAAGAAUAUGUAGCCCCUCUCUUGCUUUAAAAAAAUGCGGAGCUCUAGAAAGAUAUUGCUGUUGGUCCUCUCAGGUGCCAAUAUGUGUCCCAGCUCCCUGUGACCCCUCCCUCUGACCCCUGACCCCUGUCAUUCCUGUGCCGAACUCCGACCCGCAGAGCUGUCAAUCAUCUGCAGGCGCCAUGGGGGUGUCACUGAGCCACACACCUGGCUGGUGGUGACCAGUAACAAACCUCAUCUCCCAGUCCCACAGAGGCAGAUCAAAGACAGACACUGUUGCAUUUUUGAUACUCCUCCUCUUGCGUAGUCUCAAUACCAAAAUGUGGAAUGGCGCUCAGAGAUGCAGCCAAUCCUCUGACUACCAAAGGCAUAACAAGCAACCAUUUGCUUAGUCCAAACUCCUGAACUGUAACCAAACUGUAACCAAACCAAUGCCACAACCUUAACCAAACAAAAACCAAGCUACUUCCAAAACUCUCCAUCGACUUCACUGAUCACCUUUACUGAUAGCUGAUAUCUCUCGUGCAUCCACGUAAUGGUGUUAUAGGACCAGCCUGCAUCUUAUUGGCUGGUGAGUGACUGACACAGGGAGCCCAAAUCCUGAUGUGAGAUUGGACAGUUCUGAGGUGUCAUGUGAGGGGGAAGGGACUCUCAAAGUGGAGCUUUGCCUGACGGUAUUAUCAAGUAGACAGCCAGAAUCCAAUGGAACUACCACUUCAGUUCUCCUUUGGUUAAACCUUAGGAAUGUGUGUACAUUUUCAGCAGUGACUCUCUGAAUUGUUUCUUAGUUUCAGUUUACCUGUUUACCUCUCUUUAUCCUUUGUUUUUUUUUCUGUUUCUUGUUAUUUGAAAGUGUGACCCGAGGAAGAGGCGGGGACAGGGACUGGGUGGUGGCUUUAGACAGACAGUGGAGCCCAGCCCUCUGACCCUCCACCCCGGGUAGCCAUGUAAUGCCAGUCACUGCCCUUUCCUUCAUGCUGUAUAAAAACACACACAUAUAUCUGUGUAUUUGUAACCUGAAUCUUCUUGUGUCUGUCCAUGCAGACAAUAAAAAAACUGUACAGUAGGUCUAGUUGCAUGUAAUCUGUACUAAUUAUUGACAAUGGCAUUAUAAAAUGCAAUAAAAUACUUAUUACACUGUC